AUGCCAGGGCCAGCUGGUCUGGAUGGUUCUCGUGGAACAAAAGGACCAUCAGGUACACCCGGCGUGCAAGGGUUUGUUGGACUGAUUGGGCAACCUGGACCACCUGGACCUCAGGGAAAAACUGGACUUGCUGGUGCCAAAGGUCAAGUGGGUGAUGCAGGCAUUCCCGGAUUUAAAGGAGAACAUGGAAGUAAAGGAGAAGCUGGACAAUAUGGAAUUCAAGGAGAGAUGGGUUCAAUGGGAGAGGAAGGUAAACGGGGCCCAAGAGGUGAUCCAGGUUCCAUGGGACCACCUGGCUCUCCAGGAGAAAGAGGAGCCCCAGGUAUUCGUGGUUUCCCAGGUGCUGAUGGUUUACCUGGACAUAAGGGUGCCCAAGGUGAUCGUGGCAUAGGAGGCACUUCAGGAGGUAAAGGCGCUUUGGGUGAUCUUGGUCGGCCAGGUGAACCAGGGCUUCCAGGUGCAAGGGGUCUGAGUGGUGUUGCUGGAGCCCAUGGACCAGAUGGAAAAAUUGGACCUCAGGGAGCAGCUGGAGAUGAUGGUAGUCCUGGACCUGCUGGGUCCAGCGGAGGUAGAGGCUCAUCAGGGAUAAUGGGUCUGCCUGGUCCAAAAGGCUUCAGUGGGGAUCCAGGAAAAACAGGAGAGGCUGGAACACCAGGAGGACCAGGACAAAGAGGUCCCAAUGGAAAAGAUGGAGAGGAGGGGGCUGCAGGACCCCAUGGACCACCUGGUCCUGCUGGAAAAAGAGGUGAACAGGGAGCUCCUGGUCUCAUAGGCUUUCAGGGCUUACCUGGAUCCUUAGGACCACCUGGAGAGCCAGGGAAGCCAGGUGAUGAAGGACUUAGUGGAGAAAUGGGACCUGUUGGUCAGAUUGGUCCAAGAGUAAGUUUAUACUAA